AGCUGAUCGAGAGAGAGAGAAAAAAAAAAAACUUUUCAUGUUUACAUUUUGACAGUUGCUGGAGUUAUUGAGCCAACAAUUGUUUAUAUUUGGUAAAAAAAAAAUAAUGAGUAAAUUGAGUAUUAGAAGAAUGGAUUUGUCAUUGAUUAAAAAAAAAUUUCGUGGAUGUAUGCUUGGUGCUUUGUCUGGUGAUUGUCUUGGUUCACCUUAUGAGGGUGAUCAUCCACUUUCAGCCGGUGAAAAAAUUAUAUUACAAAAGUCGUUUGAUAAAUUAGAGGGUGUUUAUUAUAAAGCACCAGUUAUGCAAUAUACUGAUGAUUCGGCAAUGACAAAAUGUCUUGCUGAAUCGUUGAUUGAAAAAAAAAAUUUAGAUCUUGUUGAUGUUGUUAAAAAAUUUGUAAAAAGUUAUUAUCGUGAACCGAAUCGUGGAUAUGGUCAAAGUGUCAUAACUGUAUUUCAAAAACUUAGAGCAAAUAAAUUUACAGACAUAUUAAAGCCAGCAAGUGAACAAUUUAAUGGACAAGGGUCGUUGGGUAAUGGUGGUGCAAUGAGAAUAGCUCCAAUAGCAUUAUUUUCAUGUCAUGAUUAUGAUGAGAUGAUAAAAAUGACAAGAGAUGAAACUAGUCUAACUCAUACACAUAGUCUUGGUAUUAAUGGUGCUAUUUUACAAGCAAUUGCUAUUCAACAAAGUUUAGAACUUGAUCCAGAAGACGAACUAGAUACUUCUGAAUACAUAGACAAUUUAAUUGACAAAAUGGAUGAAAUAGAAGUUGAAGACGAAGAGUUCUUGAAUAUUGAUAAAUCCGAAUUAAUGCCAUACAAACAUCAAUUGACAUGUGUUAAAAAAUUCAUGGAAAAUCAAAAUAAGCCUACAAGUGAGACAGUUAUAAAUAAACUGGGUAAUGAUGUGACUGCUGUUGGAUCAGUUGCAACAGCUAUUUAUUGUUUUUUAAGAGCAAAGUAUCCCAUUGAUGAUAUUCAUACAGAUAAUCCAAUGAGACGAGCUAUUCAAUAUGCGAUAACACUUGGUGGUGAUACUGAUACAAUUGCCAGUAUGGCUGGUGCAAUUGCUGGUGCUUUUUAUGGUGAUGAUAAAAUGAGUCAAGAAUUAUUAAGGCAUUGUGAGGCAUCAGCUGAAUUUGAUAAACUUGCUGUUGAUUUGUUUGACAUUACCAUCAAAGAAUAAUAAUAAAUUAUUAUAUUUUUUAAAUUAUUGUUGUGUAUGGUGUUUUGUUAAUUAUUUUACGUGUAUAAAUU